AAGAAGGGGCAGGUGGGUUUCAAAAAAGGCGCUCGUUGACUACGCGCUGAUGGAGCCGACGUCGCUGCGCACAGCGCACUCGCCCGUGUUUACAGUGCGCCGACGUGCGUCGCAAUCCCAACAUGCGUUUGCAUUUCAACUCGUCUGCAGCCCUUCGAUUCCGCCCCCAGAUGAGCGAUUAACUGCGAAGCAAGACGGAGAGGAGGAGGAGCGAGCAGCAGUUUGGAAACAAACUGGAUCUUUUGCUCCAUCGCCUCUUUGAGGAGGCUGGCUGCGGCCUGUGCGUUGUCGGCGGAAGCCUCGGGCUGGAUUGGAAAUGUCGCAGCGGCGACGCGCUAGCUGUGAGACUGGGAGGUGAUGGCAGUCCAGACUGAGCUUCACCAAUACGACCAUCUGUCACCGGCGAUGCGCGGCCUUCUCGCGCACGCCUGAACCUUCAGCCUUUGUUGUCCCUCCAUCCCCUCCUCUUCCCCUCCUUGCCUCCGCCCUCCCCCAUAACUGCAGCCACCUCUCCAGUGUGUACGAUCAGCAUACUUGAUUAUGGCAUGCUGCGGCCACUCUCUGGGCUCCCCGUGCACGCUGGCCUUGCUGGUGGGCUUCCAAUUUGCCUUUGUGCUCUACUUCUCCCUGGGGGGCUUCAGAGGCUUGGUGUCCGUCCUGGUGCACACCACAGAGCAAGAGUUUGACUACUCGCGACCCCACGACGUCUACACCAACCUCAGUCAUCUGAGAGCACCGCCUCCCCCGCCUCGGAACGCUGGCACUGGAGCUCCAACGACAGGACCACCACUUGCAACCUGCCAGAUUGUGUCUCCUCUGUUGGUUGGGCCCGUGUCUGUCCACCUUUCCUCGCCUCUGACUUUGGAGGAAAUCAGAACGAAAAACCCCUUGGUGUUGCCCGGUGGACGCUACCGUCCACCGGACUGUGAGCCUCGGCACCACACUGCCAUCGUGGUGCCGUACCGGAACCGACAGACGCACCUUCUUGCUCUCCUCUACCACCUUCAUCCUUUCCUGCAAAGGCAACAGAUCCACUACAGCAUCUACAUCGUGCAACAGUGGGGGAACGGUACCUUCAACCGAGCCAAGCUGCUGAAUGUUGGCGUGCGGGAAGCUCUCCGAGAUGAAGACUGGAACUGCAUCUUCCUCCAUGAUGUUGAUCUGCUGCCCGAGAACGACCACAAUACCUACACUUGCCACAAACAGUUUCCCACACACCUGUCCGUGGCCAUGGACAAGUUCAAAUACAGGCUACCAUACCUACAGUAUUUUGGUGGGGUUUCUGCUGUGACUCCGGACCAGUACAUGAAGAUGAACGGCUUCCCCAACCAGUAUUGGGGCUGGGGGGGAGAGGAUGAUGACAUCGCAGCAAGAGUGCGUCUGUCUGGCAUGAAAAUUGUGCGCCCCCCAGUGGCCGUCGGUCAUUACAAAAUGAUCAAGCAUAGAGGAGACCGAGGCAAUGAGCAAAAUCCACACAGAUUUGACCUCCUGAAAAGGACCAGACUCAACUGGCGCUCUGAUGGCCUCAACUCUCUGACGUACGAGCUCCUCUCCAAAGAACAGGAACCUCUCUACACUAACCUCACUGUCAACAUCGGAGAAGAGCCCCAUCACCCUCAGGGGAAAACGGCGACCGCUCUGCAUCCACGUAGCGCCUCUAAGACCGGAUCCGCGGAUCAUCAGGAAACCAAAUUGUCAGAGAGCAAAGCAGCUGUUUUAGUAAAUGUGACAAGACCUGAUGGCAUGAAGACAGAAGCUUCUCAGACAAAGGCAGCUAAUGAGAUGACACAGGCGAAAACAAAUGUGAAUGUUUCUCAUCUGUAGCACCAAAUGGCUUUUCUUCUUCACUUUUUUAUUUUAUUUUAUUUUUUUGUGGGAAUGCUUGUAGGACUUGAUGGGUGAGCCUGGGCUUUCUCGAACUAGACUGGGCCGUACAAGUCAAAUCUCCCGCAAGUGAAUAACCCAGCUGCUAACCCGCAACUGCAUCUGGUGUGCUGCGA